AUGUUGACUCUCAAUGGAAUAAUACGGCGUGUGCCCCCGUUCACUGGAUUCACACGGGGGUUCUACACGCCAGAGCAACACCACAAGAGCAGUGCCAAACACAUCUUUCUAAUCUUUGGUGGUCUCUUUACUAUCUUACUGUUGUUUUCUUUAAUCAAAUCUGACAAGCCCAUGCACCCAAACGACGAACAAAAGCUCUUCCUUCAGAUGGCUGUGACAUUCUUUGACGAGGUUAGCGUAGUUGCUGGGUAUUUUGGUCUGUCGAGUCUAGCCGCAGUAGCGUUUGGACAAGUUGCCUUCAUAUGUUCGUUAUUCUUGUCUGCGCUUAUUCUUGUUGCCUGCCUACCCGCGGCUGAAAUUCGACGUCGUCGUAAGACUCAACGAGAGAAACUCCACCUGGAUUUCAUCGCGGGACUAGAAAAGAGCAACGACCCAGCCACCGGAAACGCUCUUGACAAUGUGGCUCUCUUUGCCGUUUACCAGAAAUCCGAAGACCCAAUCUCAACCAAAAUCAUUGAAGCCGCCUUGAAGAAAGCUUUUCAAGUCGCUGAUCAAGUCUAA